UGCACCGUUACACCUACAGCUGAAAAAACAAUCAUUUUCUUACCAUUAAGUUGGUUUAGUAGCUAUAACUGUGUGUUGUUAAUUUAAGAAGAUCAUUAGAUGCAGCCAACUCUUCGCCAGGUUAGAUUUAAUUAUUUCUGAGAAGUUUUAAGUAUAGUUGUUAAACUAGCCCAACCUGCUAUUGUUUGCUAGCUGAAUGUAUUGACCAGCGUCCUGGUGCUGUUUUCAUCUUCCCAGCUGAGGGCAUGGAUGGUUAUCCUGGAGUAAUUGGUGGUGAUUCUACCAAACAUCAAGAGAGACAUUACUACCUGUUAUCAGAGCUGCAAACCUUAGUCAAAGAUUUACCAAGCUCCUUCCAGCAGCGCCUGUCCUACAACACACUGAGUGACCUGGCUCUGGCACUCAUCGAUGGGACAGUGUAUGAGAUAGUGCAGGGGCUCCUGGAUAUUCAGCACCUGACAGAGAAAAAUCUGUACAACCAGAGACAAAAGCUGCACUGUGAACACCAAGCACUGAAACAGGAUCUUGCACGGAAGCACAAAGAAGCUCUACAGUCAUGCAAGUCUCACAACCUUGCGCUCCUCAAAUCAAAUCAUCAAGCCGAGCAAGAGGCUCUGGAAAUCCGUGUACGGGAGGAGCAGAGAAUGAUGGAUAAGAAGAUUGUAGCGGAAAUUGAUCAAAAAGUGAUAGACCAGCAGAACACCCUAGAGAAGGCUGGAGUCCCUGGGUUUUACAUCACCACUAAUCCUCAGGAGCUGACAAUGCAGAUGAAUCUACUUGAAUUGGUGCUGAAGCUUCAACAGAAGGAGUCGCAGUCUGGUAUCCUAUGAGAGAAAGACUAAAGGGAGAAGGAAAUGCAUACAAUGGUGGAGGACGGUGUACGCUCACAUUCCACUGACUGUGAGAUUCAACAUGUUAAAGAAGUGUUUAUCACUUGUUGUAAUGAGUGUAAUAUUCAACCUCACAAUCUGUUUGUCUCAGGUUUACAAGUAAGACAUUAUAUGUUCUUUAAGGGGGGCAAAUAGUUGUGACAAAACAGAGUUUAAAGCAUGUAUAUGUCACACAUUGUGAAAUUAGUUUUGCUGGAAAUACCUCAAAGACAUUAAUAAUGGUGAGCACUUUUGAGCACAGUAAUAAGAGAGCAGGUGAUGUGUGUGCAUGGGGACCCAACUCUCAGCAGCAAUACUAUACUGACAACAACAUUAAAGCUGAAAUGUGUAACUUUCCAUGUUUUAUUGCUCUCUGAAAUGGUGAAAAUGCAAACAAAGAAAUGUGAAAUGCCUUUAUUGUGUAUUUAUUUGAACUGUGUUGUGAUAUGUUUACUUCACACUUUUUCUGAUAUUGGGCUGCUUUAUUGUAUAUAUUAUUUUUCAUCUGUUCAGUUUGUUUAUAGUUGUGUUGAGACUGUUGGGCAAAUUAGUGGUUGAGCUAACCUCAGUUUAUUUACAUUUACAUUGUUUUCAAUGAACAGUUUCCCCCAUAAAUAUACACAUUUUCAGUAUCAAUCAGGAUUCAACCCAAGAAGCAGAGAAGGAAUAUACUUUUAAUACAUGGUUUGUUUUUCUUCUGAAUGAAAAUUAUGUUAUGUAGUGUUGUUUUUCCAUCACAUUUAUA